AUGUUGGGCCCGCGUCUGAUCCGUCCGGCGACGACCGCGCUGGCGCGCCCAUUUAGCUCCUCUGUCGCGGCGUACCGGGCCCCUUCCAUUCGAGACCUGACGGCGGAUUCGACGGAGGAGUUCAACCGCCGGCAGAAGGAGUUCCGCGAGAACCUCGAGGAGGCUCGCAAGAGAAAAGAACUGCAAGAGAGUCAGUCUGUCGAUGCUUCUGCUUCUGCCCCUGCAUCCUUCUCCUUUACUUCCUCUGAUUCUAUGUCCCGUGAGUCCGCUCCCACUGCUCCGCAUGUGAGCAAUGCGAGCUUCUAUGACCGAGUUCGCCCUGCGUAUGAUGCGGCGGAGACACUUGACAAUGGGGCACUAGGCUCACUCGCCAUGCACCGGUAUCUAGGAGACGAAACUACGGCGGAGUCCGGGUCCAAGCGAGGCCCCCUGUCUUCCUUGAUCUAUGGAACCAAGGAAGGUCAGCACUUCGACAAGGACAUCGAGCGAUCGUUCUCACAGGUCCUCGCGCGGGGCAAAUACGUUCACUCGAUCGUCUUCCACGAAGUCAAGCCCGACAAGGUCGAUGAGUACGUGGAACUGGUUGGGAAGUGGUAUCCACGCAUGGCGGGCGACGAGGAGAAUCGGGUUCACUUGGUGGGCAGUUGGCGCACUCAGGUCGGCGACAACGACACAUUUGUUCACAUCUGGGAGUACCAAAGGUAUGAAGGCUACCACGCCUCGCUGCACAACAUUGCCAGUCAUCCCGAGUUCCCCGAGUUUGACCGCAAGCUCAAGAGCUUGAUCAAGAGUAAGAAGACCUCCUUGAUGCAAGAGUUUUCCUUCUGGCCCACCACGCCCCCUCGCAAGCUGGGCGGCCUAUUCGAGCUUCGUUCGUACACGCUGCACCCCGGAAACCUGCUGGAAUGGGAGACGCACUGGCGUCGCGGUCUUCACGCUCGACGGGAGGUGAUGGAAGGUGUCGGCGCCUGGUUCGUGCAGAUUGGUGACUUGAACACGGUACACCAUCUCUGGCAGUUCGCCAACCUGGAAGAGCGAAAGGUUCGUCGGGAGCAGUCCUGGGGUGUCGAGGGCUGGGCGGAGACGGUGCACAAGACAGUGCCCCUGAUCCAGAACAUGCAAAGUCGCAUCCUGGUUCCGAUGCCAUGGAGCCCUGUUGGUUAA